GUAACUUAAUUGCUUAUAUUAAAAUGAGAAUUCGGAUAUUGUUAUCCACUGGAUUUAUUAUCAUCUCAAUUUUCAUUUAAAGUAGGUUGUGCAAUAGCAUAACGAAAUAAUUCGUUUAAAAAAAAUGGAUUUGGACACUGCUUAUAUUGAACCUUUAAUUGAUGAUUGGCUAGAGGGACUUAAAUCAUACGUUAAACAGCAAGAAAAUCUUAUUAAAGCUAAAGACGAAUUUUACAUGCCAUUUAUAGGUAAUUGUUACAUUCAAAACUGUAUCUCUUUGCUGAUAUUAGCUAUUCCACUUCCAAUUAUUAAAGCAAUAUUUAAAAUAACAGAACAUCUUGAUUUGGGACCAAAUACUAAAUAUAUUACCAUUCAUUUAUAUGAUAAAUUUAUAUGUAAUUAUUUUUGGGAAAUCUAUAGAAAUACUGACCAAACAGAAAAUUCUUGGUCUCAAAUUUGUAAAAAGAUAUCAAGUCAAUCAAAAUUAUAUCUUAUGUCUUGUUUGCAAUUAGCAAAUAAAAUGGACUCACAUUUUAAUACCUUAAAAAUAUCGCAAGUACUUAGUAUUUUAAGGUGUAUAGAUAAAAAAUCUAAAUAUACACACAAUAUAAUUUUUUCAUCAGAAUAUAAAGUAUUUAAAACUGUUGGAUUUAGAAUGCCAUUUUGUACACCUUUAAAUUGCAUAGAAGUUCUUUUAGCUGCAACAGGAUUGAAAGAAAAUCCAAAUAUGCAAGAGCUUACUAUAAAUUUAUUGGAUUUAGUUUAUCUCCAGAGGGAGAAGUUUUAUUCUCAUUUGCAAUGCUUAAUCCAAGGGCAUAUUGCAAGAACUGAACAAGAAAAAAGAAGUCUUAUGACAUUAGAAUCAAAUAUAUUACUUCUUGGAGCUUCUGUUGUUCUUUGUGGAACAUUUAUUUCAUGUGUAGAUAAUGGGACAGCAAAAGUUAUAGCUUCAAAAUUAUCAGAAUUAAUAGAUAUAAAAGUUGAUGAUAUCUGGGAUAUGGCUAAUAUACUUCUCAUAAUGGCAAUUCAAGAAUAAUUAUUUUAAAGAAUAUUGUGUGUGUAUGUGUAUAUAUAUAUACACACACAAUAUAUAUAUAAUAGGGAUCAAUUUCUUCUUGCAUUGUACAAAGUUAUAUUAAUAAUUUAUUUAAAUUAUCGAAGAAAUGAAAUUUUUUUUACCAUUAUUAAUCAUUUCAAAACCUUAAAAAAAGAAAAAAGUACAUAUGUUAUUAAAAUUGUAAAUAUUUUUAAUACUGAUUUUUAAAUGAUUUAUAUAUCCUCUAUAUGCAAAUUGAUAAAUGAAUAAUUCUUAAUUAAAUCAUUAAAUAAAAAUUAUUGAAAAAUUAUUUUUUCAUAAAUAUGUAUUUCUUAUUUAUUUAUAUAAAAAUGCUGAUGAAAUGUUAAAUUAUAUUUGUCAAAUAUUUGUAAAAUUAAAAAGAUUUUUGUUUUUAAAUAUAAUCUACAAAAGUUGAUAUUUUAGAUUUAAAAGGAUAAAUAAAUAAAAUAUUAAAGAAAUAUUUUAAUAAAAUAAAAAAUAUUUUGAUUAAACCAAAAUUUAUGAAAAAAAUCAAUUUUUUGUUUUUAUUAUUCAAUAAUAAAAAAAUAUAUAUUUUUAAUUUAUUUCGAUAUUUUUAAUAUUUUUAAUAUGAUUUGAAUAUCAAAUCAUAUUUGAAUAAUUCAAUUUAUUUAAAAGCGCUUCGAGAUCCAAUGGAUUUAAAAAGAAAAAUUUUCUAAUAAGAUAAAAAAAAUAAUUAAAUUUGUGAUCAUAUAUUAUUUAUAUUUUUAUCAAUUUAAAAAUAUACAUUUUAAAUAAUAAAUUAUAGGUAUUAAAUUAAUUGUUCUUUUUUGUAUCGUUCCAUAAAAGCGAAAAUUUGAUUGUAUACCAAAACGUCUACAUGUUUGCCCCAUACAAAAUCAAGAUGGGCAAAAGUAUUAGAAGGUACUAAAAAUUUCUGAGCAUUGGGUAAUGCCUUAUAUAAAUCAUUCAAAUCCUAGAAAAAUAUUAAUAAAAAAAAAAAAAAAAUAUUAAAAAGAUUAGAAUAGAAUAAAACGAAAUUUUCUUAUCAAUAUACAAACCUCGACAUUGAUAAACAUAUCGUUGGCUGCAUAAUACAAAUGUACCGGUAUUUUAAUUUUAGCAAGUUCAUAAUCAGGAGGUUGAAUCUUACCAUACUUUUUUAAGUUACCAAUAAUGCCAUAAUCGUAUUUUCGGAAUUUACCUAAAAAAAAAAAAGAGCAUAAUUUAAUACAAAAAAAAAAACAAAAAUUUAAUAAGAUAAUAUUCUUAAAUAUUAACCUGAAUGAAUUAAUUGCGCAAAAUGCACAAAUUGAUUCACAGAUGAACCAGCAGGAUCAUAUUGAGUAAUGAGAGGCAAUAGAGUCUAUAGAUUAAAAUCAAGUUAUAUUUACAUUAUAUAAAAGAUUUUUAUGAAAUAAUUAUAUAUCUAAUUAAUUGAUGGUAAUAUUAAUAUUAAUUUUAAUUAAUAAUGAUUAUAUUGAAUGCACAUGAUUACCAUAUUAAGUUCUUUAUCGAUGCCACCAAACAGGAAUACGAUGUUUUGACAUAUUGGUUGCAAUAACUCGCCUUCCUUACAAAGUUUUUUUCCAAGCAUCUGUAUAAGUUUAUUCGUUGGUUUAAAUUCAUACAUGCCUAUUAAUUUUGUUAAAUACUGUAAAAAAAAACAAAGAGAUGAAAAAAUUUUAUUAAUUUUUCUUUAUUUCUGUAUUAAAAAUUAUUAAAAAUUUUAAAUUAUACCUUGAUAUCAUUACUAAAUGGAGCUAAUAUUUUAAAUAAAGGAUUGUUUGUUCUAGACAUGAAAACUGCAGGAGCCAUAGAAAAACUAGCGAUAAUUUUGUUUUGAUAUUCUGGACGCUCACUAGCCGUUACAAAGAAAGCCGAACCACCUUGACUGUGCGAUAUGAUAAAAAUCUUUUCUUUGUUAGUUUUUUCGAGAACAUAAUCAAUUGUUGCUGGAAUAUCGUACACUCCAAUUUCAUGCCAACUAUAUGAAAACAUAAAUAGUUAUGUUAUCAAACAUUAUUUUGUACAAUGAUAUAUUUAUAAAAAGUUUGUUUUUUAAUCGAUUAUCAUUUAUCAAUAAUAUUUGUUUUUGAUUGUUUUUCCAGAUAAAUCUUAAUCUUUAAAGUUUUUAUUAUACCUGAAAUUCCAAUAAUUUUUAUCUAAAAUAUUCAUAUCUAAAUGUUCUCGUGCGUAUCUAUUCCCACGUACAUUGAUCAUCCAUACAUCGUAUCCUAAAUCUGCUAACAAGAAACCUAAACAAAUAUUUGAACAAAUAUUAAUCAAUUAUAUUCUAAAAUCAGCAUAUUUUUUCAUUUCUUAAAAAAAGAAAAAAAAUGAAUUAAAUCUUUCCGAAAGAAAUUGAUCAUUUUCUAAAAAAAAAAAAAAGAAAUUUUUAUAUAAGAAGAUAAAUAAUUAUAUUUAAAAAAUGUUUAUUUUAUAGAUAGAAUAUUAACUUGUCAAUACCUAAACCCUUUCCUGGUCCAGGUAUAAGCCAAGUAGCUGAACAAUCAAACACUCCAUGAACAAGUAAUACUGCUGGUUUGUUUUUAGUCGAACUUUUUGGGGAUUCUGAGAUCCUGUGCACAUCUAAAAUAUAUCGAUCCUCCGUCACGAUUUGAUGAGUUUCAGCAGUGUAACCCUCCUUGCGUAUUAAUUCGUCCUGCAAAAAUAUCUAUGUUUAUUUCAUCAUGACUAAAUCAUCCUAAUCUUUAUACCAUGAUAUUUAAUUAAUUUAUUUGAAAUGGUAUAGAGAUCAAAUGUUUAUAAUAUAAAAUUUUUAAAAAUCUGGU